AUGUUGUUAUUGCACCGUGCCGCGCAUCCAGGCAGCCUGUGCAGGAUGCAGACGGAAACUACACAAGCAACGGAAAAUAUAUUUAUCCAAACUAAUGCCUAAGGCAUGGGGAUACGGUUGGCCACCAGGCAUUAGGAACCGAAUGUAAUAUGCGUCGGUGUGAAAAUUGUUCCCCCUUGUCGGGAAUCGCACUAAUAUAUUCGAGCGAGGCGUUCUUUACAAAAUGGCAGCCAUGGUGUGGGGACUGACUGUAAUCGCUUCGCGAGGAAAGGACGGAUAUUUAUUUUCAUAGCCUAUUAUUCGUCGUCACAUCAUCAUCAACGCGAGCCGUGAUCAGUCUCGGAGCGAAGCACGUCUCUUCGUAUUGGUCACUGGCAAGAUGCCAAGUAGUGCAACCUAAGUUGCCAUAGAAACGGUCUCUUCCUUCCAUGACGAUGCAUCGAACGACCAGAAUUAAGAUAACUGAGCUGAACCCCCACCUCAUGUGUGUGCUGUGCGGUGGAUACUUCAUCGACGCCACCACCAUUAUAGAAUGUCUUCAUUCAUUCUGCAAGAUGUGCAUUGUGCGUUAUCUGGAGACCAGCAAGUAUUGCCCAAUCUGUGAUGUGCCAGUGCACAAAACCAAACCUCUGCUCAAUAUAAGGUCUGACAAAACCCUUCAAGACAUUGUCUACAAGCUGGUCCCUGGUCUCUUCAAAAAUGAGAUGAAGAGAAGGAGAGACUUUUACGCAGCGCACCCUUCUGUAGAUGCUACGACAAGGUCUAAUGAGGAUCGAGGGGAGGUGGCGGACGAGGACAAGAGAAUAAUCACCGAUGAUGAAAUCAUCAGCCUAUCCAUUGAGUUCUUCGACCACAACAAGGCUAAAAAGACCGGCGUGGCUGAGGACAAACAGUCUAAUCAACAGGUCAAUAAUAAGAGGUAUCUGCAGUGUCCGGCAGCCAUGACCAUCAUGCACCUGAGAAAGUUCCUCCGCAGUAAGAUGGACAUUCCUUGUACCUAUCAGGUUGAAGUGAUGUAUGAAGACGAGCCACUGAAAGAUUACUACACAUUAAUGGACAUAGCCUACAUCUACACAUGGAGAAGGAAUGGCCCUUUACCGUUGAAGUACCGUGUCAGACUGAGCUGUAAGAAGAUGAAGAUGAGUCUUCCGCAGCAGGAGGGCCAGAACAGCACCGGUCGGUCCGCUGAGAGUGACUCUGCCAGUGACAAAGCCUGCAGCCCUGCCGGCGUCCCCUCCACCUCCUCCUCCUUGCCCAGCCCUGGCACCCCGGUGCAGUCCCCACACCCACACUUCCCCCACAUCUCCAAACCCGUCAACGGCGCCUCCACCUCGGCCCCUGCCCCGACCAGACCAUUCCCCUUCUGAAACAAACCACGGAAGGCCUUGCUGAAUGGUUCUUCUGUGUCCUCGGGACUGGCCUGAAAACCGGGCCCACAGCCAACGCCAGACCGCUCAGCUAAUAUCUUCAUGCCAAUGUAGUUCCAUUGUUGUAGACGCUCUCUUUUCGUUAUCGUUGUUCUUAUAAAUAUAUGAUAUAUGUUUAAUGUAGUGGAAGUGAUGCAUUUCUAUAGGAACAUAGCGGGAUGUGAUGUUAAAGGAAAAAUCCACUCAAACAACCUUUUGGUAUUUUUUCCAUUAGUACACUGUUGAUACAGUCCAAAAAUAUUUUGCAUGUCAGCAGUCAAGUUUUCAAGAUAGGAUUUUCAAGAAGCAAAGUGUCACUUGCCACAUCAUCAUCAUGAUGCAAAGCACAUCAGAUAAUGCAAUACACAUCAUGAUGAUGAUGUGGCAAGUGACAUUUUGCUUCUUGAAAGUCUAAUAUCUUGAAAACUUGACUGCUGAUAUGCAAAACAUUUUGGGACUGUAUUAACAGUGGAAUAAUGAAAAAAAAUACAACAAUAUAGUUUGAGUAGAUUUUUCCUUUAAGUUGGUGAAAGGGAUGUUGGCCACAGUGCAAAUGUUAGACUGGUGGUGAAUGGCAAAUUAAAGCCCCCCAAAAGCUGCAUUUUAUUUUACAGAUGUGACUGAAGAUAGCCUUUAUAUGAUUUUCUUCCUUUACAUUUUUUUUUUUUAAUGAUAAUAUUUUAAGUGUGUAUUUUAGCCUAUUUUCGUCAGAUAAAGCAUGGUGAUGAAACCUCGUAGGCUUUACUAAUAUUUGAAACGGUUGCCUCUACAUCGUUCUUUCGAUUGGCUUUUGGAAUCGUUUCACAGAGAUAUUAAUCGUUAUAAUGUGUAAACAAUUAUUGUAGUGUUAGGCCCAUGAUUUUAGGGGAAAACAUAUGAAAUAUCUACGUAAAUGUAGCCUACAACGCUGUAUUAGGCUAUACUCGAAAAAUGUUUUUUUAGCUGCAGUGGAAUCGAAUUGCUUAUAGCCUCGACACACCCUGAAGCCUUGCAGUCAUCAAGCAGUUCAGAAAGUCCACACACACACGUAUAUAGCGACAUAUAUACAUAUUUAAUCAGCGAUUGUCAAAUACUUUGACCUGAACAGCCCCCCUCACCCUUCAUUUCAUGCUCGAUGACAAAUGUUUUGAUGUCUCCCGUGUUCUGUGUAUCGCUCGAUUGUAUGGACAACUAUUGUAUUGUUACUGUUGCACAGUAUAAAAACAUCUAAAUAAAACAUUUUACACUUAAA